AUGAAGAUUUUCACUUUUGCUCUCCUUCUGGGGAGCUUAAUAAGAGAUGCCAGGGCCGAAGACUUUUUGGCGGAGAUUCUCAGUGGAGAUUUGGAUAGUUUAAAAGAUGGAAAAUCUCAAUCGACGGAGACGAGUCAAGUGAGACCGAUAAACUCGAACGAGAUGAACAGAAGAAUCAGACAAAAAGUGGCGGGUGGAUAUUUCUCGGAAGCGACUUACAAAGAAUGCAUCGCUGAUGAACUCAAUCGAGCAGGCUACAAACCGCUGGAAAUUUCGACAAAGCUAUGGAACCUGGAAUACGAGCUCAAAUCGGCGCCCGAAGAAAAUCAAUUCGUCGCUUUGGAAAUUUUCUCGCGUGAAAAAGACUCAGUGCCUAUUAUUAUGUCCGUGCCGCUGAUGGAGACCUCUCAGAUCAUCCCACUCGAGAUAGCUUCUGCCUUUCGGAUUAAUUACAAUCUGACCGGAGCCAGCAUGAGCGUUUUCAGGAAAUUCGCCUUGUACCCGGUCACCGACGACAACGAGGAGACGGAUUCUUUCAGACUCCAGUCGCUGCUAAAAUACGCGCACUGCACAGAAAUCCGCCCAAUCGUCUCUCUUAAAGGCCUGCGAGUCGGCUGCGAAGACAUCGAAACCGGCUUCUUUGAAUUUCCCGCGAUUCGGCUGGGUCGGGCGAGUCCGUUCUCGAACGAGUGUUUCCGGAAAUGGGACGGCAACGUUAUGAGAAUCGGGAAGCUGCAGGUCUAUCCGCAGGAUCACUGUGGCUCGAACGCUGUCAAAUUUGCUUUGGAAACUUGCGCAGACCCGAAUUCCUACGGCUGCUACAACGGCUUUCGAAUCCUUGAACAGGCCUGCGACUGCCAAGGAAAAUCGCGACUUCCUUACGAGCUUCUCCAACCGACGAAUUUGAUGCUCAAUGUGGACUACUACUUCAGAGGUGAGUAUAAAAUUUCGACGAUUUUUAAGCCGGAGAAAACCUGGGAUGCGAAUAUGGCGUAUGAUUUGUCAGUUUCGAAUGUGGAGUUUGACUCCAUCGAAGUGAAGCCGGUGGAAAGCAACAGUAAAACUACAGUGUGUCAACCAAUGAAAUUCCUUCGAUUGCAGAUGGUCACCAACAAUGGCAGAAUCAAUCCGAUUAAACCGAUUCAAUGCCCUGAACUGGACUGGUCUCUUAAUUGCGAGCCCUCCCCUUAUUUGGACGAUGUUUGUGUUCGUAAAAAAGAAUUGUCUUUGACAUAUGACGAGACGAAGAAUUCAUUCGAAAAUUCGCCUCUUGGAAGCCUCUGGGGAAAUUCAGCGAGACCAGUGGAAAGCCAAAUCGCAGAGAGACUUUAUUCGAGAAACAAUCAAGCCCAGAAGAAGAAGAAUCAAAAUGCGAAAAAUAGAACUCGCGCUCAAGACGCUCCGAAUCGCAAACCAGUGACAGAAAAUCCAGAAGAAGCGAGAACUGGCUCUGCGGAAGUCGACCGGGAGGGAAAACAAAACGAGGGCAGUUUUAUGCAAAUGGAUGUGAGACUCCCAGCCGAAGACGAAUCGGAAUUCCCGGAGUCACUUGAACCCUCCGACUAUGACGAGACUGAAGAAAUAGAAGAGGAAGAAAGUGAGGAAUCCAAAAACGCUGAUUCAGCGAGCUUGAUUGACUCACAAGAAAAAUCAAGAGAUUUUUCGGAAAAAGCUGAGGAAGAGAACGAUGAAAACAAUUCAGAAGAGGAAGAUUUGCCAAUGCUCUUGGAUAUUCCAUCCAUCGACAUUAUUCCGGAAUCGGAAGAAGAAGCAGUCGAAAUUGCCGAAUUCCAAGAAGCCGAGCAACAGGCGAGAAGCUUGUCUCUCGGACUUGUUCCUCGAAAUCUUGCCUCCUUCGGAUGCACACACUGCUUCGCCCACAACAUGACUGAAUGCCUCAACAGCGGAACCUACUCGCCCUGCCAAGAAAACGAAGUCUGUCAAAUUGAAGUUCGAAAACGGAAUGGCGACGUGAGAUGGGUCGGCAUGCGGUGCAAAUCCAUCGAAGCCUGCUACGACAACAAAGCUCAAAACUUCAUCGGGAAACUGGCGGACCGUCAAUGCAGACCCACUUCGACAAACAGUCCUUCUGUUUGCCGACAAUGCUGCGCGACGGACCGUUGCACCGACAAUUUCAACCCGCUGACGCAAACUGGCUGGAGAAUGGAACUGAUAAACUAG